AUGACGCGGCGCGGCCGAGGGGCGGGCCCGGGGGGCCGAGGGCGCGGGGUGCGGGGGCCCGGGGGCGGCCACUCCCUCCGCGCCGAGCGGCUCGCCGACCACCGCGCGCACCGCCGGGCACCGGGCGGGUGCGCGCGCGGCCGCCGCGUCUACGCGGGCUCUCCUCGUUGGCUCCGAGGGUGGUGCCCGCGUCGGGGUCGGCGCCUCCUUGCUGGAGAGAGCAGGCGGGGCCCGCAGCCCGGUCGUGGGUCUGUGGGCGGCGCUGAGGGCCGGGGAAGUCAGGGGCGGGGAGAGCGGGCCGCCGCGGUGGAGGCGCGGGAGGGCGCGGCGGCAAGGGGCGGAGGCCAAUGGGGUGUGCGGUGCGGGAGGACGCGGAGGGUGAGGCGCGAGGGUGCGGAGUCGGCUGAGGUGCGGGAGGGGAGGGGGGGCGGCGGCCGCCGAGGUGCCGGAGGAGCGCGGGGCCCGCGGGGCCGAGCCUGGGCUCCCCGCGCGUCGGGAUGAGGAAGCUAAGACACAGAGAAGCCAAUUGUUCAAUGCCACAGAGCCCAGAUUCCAACUCGGCCAACGGACUCCAGAGCUGUGUUCUCUACUCCAGCCAUACUGCCUCCUAAGAGAGCUUAAGCAGGGAAACCCAAAGACCAAAGAAUGUCCCCCAACUCUCACCUCAUGUAUGGAAGAGGUUCCUGGCUCUGCUACUCCACUUCCUCAGUCUGUCAAAGGAAGCAAACGAUAUUUUAAAAGACCUUGGAAAUAUCAGGGAUAGCCUGUCAGCUCUGAUCACAGAUUUUCCAAUGAACUCAGUCUGCUACAACUAUAUAAUAAAGAACCUGACUGGCCUGUCUCUAGUUCCUGGUAGGGAGACUCUAAAUUCUUGGAUUUUCCUGGGUAAAGGGAAUAUCUUCAUUAUUCAGGAGCUGCUUGGAUCAUACUGGAGUUUAAGCUACAAAAUGAGAUAACUCAGGAUGGAGGCUGGUCACACAAAGAUCACACCUGUGGUUAGAGACUUGGGACUGAGUCAGCCCAGCCUUGGGGUAGCGGAUGACCGGGAAUGACUUCAACUACAUAGUCAAUGAUUCAAUCAAUCAUGUCUAUGUGAUUAGAUCCCAAUAAAAAACUGCGGGUGCUGCAGUUCAGUGAAGGCACAGGUGUGCUGCUGAGGGGGAGAAGUACCCUGAUUCGUGGGGAAUGGGCACAGCUCUGUGUCUGGGAACCUCAUAGCCCUGUCUCUUCAUUUGGCUGAUCCUGAUUUGUGUCCUUUAUAAUAAAACUGUAAAUACGGCACUUCGCUGAGUUCUGUGAGCCACUUUAGCUAUACCAAAC